GAGAAAAGCAUCUCUCAUCACUGAAGACAAUUUAAGAGCACAGCUUUGUUCCCACAGAAUUUAAACCAACAGAAAAGAAACAAAGUACCCCACCUGCUGCCAGGAAACUGUAAAUGAAAGGAGGCUUUCUGUCAUGUUGUGAACAUGUGUCUGUCCACCUCCUGAAUAUAAAGUGUCAGGUAUAUAAGCAAUGUGUUGGUGAAGUUGUUCACACUGAGGUUUGCAGUAUUGUCAGAGCUUAAAGGAUUCUCACCAGCCAAGCUGUCUCAUAAAGAAGAGAUAAGAUGGACGCUGAUGUGGACGCGAGCAGUGAACUGGAUGAAAUCCUCCAGCAGAUCGCGGAAUUGGACAAAUGGAGAGAAAUAUUUAACUCCCGCGGGUUGGAAUUACAACAAGGCUAUGUUAAAAGACCUAGUGAGAAGAUCAAAGCUGAUGAGGACAGUGACGACUCUAGACCUACCACUUCGGCCCACCACGUCAGUGCCUCAAACAACCAGUUCACAGUGCCAUACUCCAUACCUCAAACCCUUGCAGUGUCAUCAAGUCUGGGUGGGCAACCAGUGUCACCAGAGCUGGCGGUGAGUUUAAGAAAAAUUUUAUUUGGGAACACCUUCCAUAUAUUCAACUACGAGUGGAAGAAAUCAUUCUUCAAAUUUCGUGAGCCUUUCUCUGAUUUGGCAUAUGCUCUGGAGACUGAGAGGGGAGGAGCCAGUGCUAUUCAGAUGGUGGUUCAGGCUCAUAUUAUUAAGUACUUGCUCUUCAACAGGCCAGUGAACUCAACGUGCACAAUGCAAAGUAUGGUGGAGGUUGGGGAGAAGGAGCAGAGGAGGGCGCUGGUAGCCGCUCUAGCUGACAUCUUGUGGACAGCUGGUGAGGAGCAGACAGCUACUAUCUCCUUGGUCACAUCAGAGCGCUGUUUCACCCCCCACCUUGACUACAAACUGGACAGCUUCACAGAAAGGUUGCAGCUUUUCACCUUUAAAAAGAAAGAUGAUGUUAGAUCUUUUAUAUGUGAGCACAUCCAAUGUUUUAAGGAAGAAGGAAGCCAUGGAAUCAUACUUUUUCUGUACAGCCUUAUCUUCUCCAGGACUAUUGACAGGAUACGAGCAGACUUCGAUUGUACCACCACUCAUCUUUUGCAUUUGAGCUUGGGGAACUUUGUUUGUCGACAGGCUUUAUUAAACCUGCUGUUGACCGGCCGUGCUACCCCUCAUGUCUUCAACGGUACAUCAUUUAAUGACGAGAAAGACAAACCGCUCGCCCACCUGCUCCACGGGGUUCUGACUCGCAGUCAUGUUGGGUAUCUGCUCUGGAACAGAGAACAAGUCAAGCAUGCACAGCUCCCCCUGGUGGGCAGCAUGCUGAAAACCCCCAAGCUGCCUAUCUGGAUGUGCAACAUCAAUGGCACUUACAGUGUUUUGUUCAGCCCAAACCGUUUGCUGCUCUCUGACUGGAAAAUGGAGCAUCUUUUCCAGCUUUACUUCUACAAUGGUCAACCAACUCAGCUCAUCACAACAGUGCUCACCAUAGAUACACACUCUCAUCACUGGGAGGCUGAAAAUAAUGACAUUCAGGGAGACCUAGAGAAAAAGUUUCCAUCUGUAGAGAUGACCAUUAGGACCAAGUGGGAGGGUGCUGUUAUUGACUGGAAUGGGACAGUGCCUUUUUUCUGAAGAGGUUUGAACCAGGGGCGCCUGAUAUCUAGCACACCUCUCCUGGCAUUCAAUAAAAGCAUAUUAUAUAGGCUGGUAUAGGUUUUAAUUCUGACUUGAUUUUAACUUUUACUUUUGGCUUAUGAAUAUUAAUAACAUGAUAUACAGUCUGCCCAUUUGACCAUCUCAACAUAUGAACAUUUAACAAAAGUGAAAACUAAAAAUAUGUAACAUCUUUUGAUUGUCAGAAAUAUAUUUAAAUCUGGUUUACAGACAUAGAUGUCUUCCUCUUUUCUGGUGUUAGAGUUUUCUGGUGUAUAGUUUAUAUGAUCUAGCUUCCAUGCUGUUUUUGUCCUUCCAUUUGGAUCUGAUAUGGGUUGCUAGUAUCAAGUCUCAAGACUUAAUCGCUGGUCUCAAGUCAAGUGUCAAGUAAUGAUGGAAAGGCUGAUGUCUCAAGUUACAGGGUUUAAUCAAUUUAAGUCAAGAUCUUAAUUCAAAGCCUUGCAGUCUUUGAUUCCUAUCUGGUAUAAAACAUGUUUUGUUUAUUUUAUUUUUAUUUAUUUAAAUACUGCUGUAGGCCAGUAUUGAUUAAAUUAAAGCGACAUUUUACAAUAUGGUUUGGUUAGUUAACAUUGACAAAUUCUGUAAAAAAAAAAAAAAAAAAAAAAAAAAAAAGCAUCAAACAA